CCGAGUUCAUGUCUGCGACAAUUCUUCCUUCCUGUUCGCCAGCAUCCAUGUCUGGCUUCCCACUCGUCGACGACCUCAUCGUCUACGUCUUUGAGGUCAUAUUUUACUCUUCCACAAACGACGGACGCCUUCUAAACACCUGUGACAUCGCCCGUCUCGCUAGGGUGUGCAGGCGCUUCAGGGAGCCAGCACUAAAUGUCCUGUGGUCUUUCUUAGAGACGCCUGCGCCUCUGGUCCUUUGCGCACCGGAGGAAAUGAGGAUGGUUGAUGAGAAACGGAUAGUUAGAUUAUUACGGCCGCCAAAAGUUUCAGACUGGAACAUCGUAAGGCCGUAUGCCCGUCGCGUCAAGAAACUCGGCUACUUCGACGACGCGGGUCGGUUCUGCCGCCCGCCGCCGCUGCUGCCCACCGUCGACUUUGCAAUCGUACGCGAGCUACUCAGGAUCUGCACCGAUGAUGUCUUCUUGCCGAAUCUGGUCUCGCUUAACUGCGAGGCACUGUCGCCCCAGACUCUCACAGUCACUGAGUUCUCGAAGAUUGCCAACUUCUGCUCAGCAGAUCUCUCUCGACUGCUGCUCAUCAUCCCCCCUGGCGCAACGCCAGUCAAUGCAACUGAGGUGUUGAACUCUUUACAGCGGUCGUGCCCGGUGGUUACGGUCUUGUCUAUAUCUGCCGGAUUUCGAUACAACCCAUUCGAUCUCCAAUUUAGGGGCCCAUGGCUGGAGAACUUGCGCGUGCUGACGCUCAUGAGCGUAUCACUAUCCUCUGAAACGAUUGCAGAGCUCGCCGUCGCCCCGCGUCUGCAUACCCUCAAGUUCAGUCUCACAGACACCUUCAACCCGACCGCUUUCCGUGCGCACCUUGGCCUCAGUCGCUCCCCGUUGCGUCAUCAGCCGUCAACUUUUGCAUAUUUACGCGUACUCCACCUUCGUGCACUACAAAUCGCACUCCUCACGGGAUUUUUCGACGCCGUUAGCCUGCCUCAUUUACUGGACACGACAAUCCUGUACCACGACAAUAGUGGACCGUCGGACAUCAGCCCCGCUUUACGUGGCCUCGAAAAGUCAUGCCAGGCGCGUAUCCUUCGUACUCUCGCAUUCUCGUGCAUGGCACCGUCAAAGAGACCGGCUUCCAGCCCAACUAUCCUCGCUGGCUCGGGUGUGCUGACUACCGCGGGUGCACAGUUGGCCGACACCCUCCCAGACAUUUCCCCACCUUCCCUCGUACUCCAUCCCAUCCUCAGCUUUUCCACUCUGCGUGUUCUGUCCAUCAGUCAUCCCCUUCCAAUAAUUGAUGACGAUUUCAUUGGGCGCUUAUCUGAAAACCUCGGCGCUUUGCAGACGCUCAAUAUCUCAGGCCCCAAGAGACUUUCUCCCGCAAGUCUCGUUGCUCUGGCGCAGAACUGCCGUGAGCUCCGGCAGCUAGCUAUGGCUUUCGACGGUACGGAACUACCCGCCAUCAAGAAGCGGAAACCGUUGACGCCGCUCCGCGCAGCAUCGUCGCCUAGCACGAAACAAGGAGCAGAGGGAGAGUGCGUUGUUACCCCCCAGCAGGCGCUGAAGGUGUUCAACGUUGGGGUGUCGAUCUUCCGCAAUGCCACUGCGAUGGCAAGUUUCAUCGAUGCAAUUUUCCCCAGCACUGACUUGCUUUAUAUUGACCCCUGCUGGGAUGGCGUGUCAAGUAGGAUGAAGAGCAUGAGGCUUGCUCAACAGUCACUCGGUGGAUCGGUCUCAGGGGCCUCAAGGGGUGCCAAGCGGAAAUUCGAUUGA